AAUUAGUUUUAACACAGCAAAAUGGCGUACAGGACGAAAAUUUGUGACGAAGGCGGCCUUUUCAACGCGUCCAGACCGUCCGGAUACAGCGCAGAGACUCGAGCUUUUUUAAACGAUUUGAUUAAGGAGAGCCGGUUGACCACGUUACAGCGCAAAUCCGUGGUGGGCUGGCUGAGAUCCGGUACACCGCCACAGUCGCAGCAGCAAACAACAAGGUCCGUUCGUCCACGGGCGCCUGUGUUCAACGCAGCGGCAACCGUCAAGAGGUACCGGUCGUCCAAGCCCAGAACGCUCAAAGACAUAAUCGAAUCCGGUGCUUACGAACCGGAAACGUUUGUGCCCGACACGAAAACAAAAAACUACAGUGUCGAGAAAGAAAGACUGCAGAGUAUUAUGACGUACGGUAAAUUGACCAAAAUGGAUCCUGUAGCAGCGCCUAAGAAACCUAACGUUAAGAAACCGUCGAAAGUAUACACCGAAGAAGAGCUUAUAGAUUCAGUUAUUUCGGAGAUAGAAGACCGCGAAAAAUUCCUUUCCGACAUGGAAGUGUUGGGCGAUGCGGCCAAGUACGAAAAGCUCAUGUUCGGCGAGAUCCUGGAUCGCAUUAGACAUUUGCAGGAAUUUUCAAGAAAAACCACCAAUUCUUACAGAAAGGGCGACAUACAAGCAAUAGCCGUCAAAUACCAAAAACCGCGAUUUCAGCUAUUGAAAACGUUGGCCAAUACCACACUGAUGGAUUAGAUUAAAAGAAAAACAGUAUAAUUAUUAUUAUAACGUCGCAAUGUACUUAAGCUUUUUUGCCAUUAUAUAAAUACUAUACCCUCAAAAUCGUUUCGGUUGCAAAAAAUAUUUUUACAGCUUGUUUGGAAUGUCACAAUUAACGUUCAAGUACACUGUGAUAAUGCUUUCUUUCUCAUUAUUAAAAUUAUAACGUGUAAAAAACAGUGUAAGAAUUCAUAAAGUGUUUUGGAAUUUAGAAGAGACAAGAG